AUGGCGACGAAUUCCGGGUACGGAAGGUAAAAUGAUUCGUGUGUUAUUUUAACACAGUCUCAUUCCGGACAGAACACUCAUGUCAGGGAAAUCAUUCGAUAUUCAUUAUGCAUCAUCUAGCUACUCUGCUACGGUAUGUGUUGUAAAAUGCAAAGGAAAUCGAGACAUUUAAAUCAACUAGAGACGUGUUUCUCUCAGAGAGGGUCUUUAGACUGAUGUUGUUCUAAGAUUGUGGGGUAAUAUGAGCUGCUUUCAUAUAAGCACCUUUAUUUCCCAUCUGUGCUAGCUAGUACAGUACGACAGGAAUGUUUGGUGAAAGAGCUUUACCAAAAAAGGACGCCUGCUGCUGAAUGAUUAACCCUUUAACUCCAUGAGUGACCAAGACAGAAUUUCUCCUUACAAUAUCGAUACACUAUCAAUCAGAUAAGUGAUGAGAAUAAAGAAAAAUAUCAAUUUGGGGAUAAUUAGUUUAUCUAAUACUAAAUUCUUUGACCUAACAUCAAAAGAAUUGUUAUGGUUGACAGUAAAGAGAAUUACCAAGUUGGGAGUUAAAAGGGUUAAAGGUUUCUAAAGGGUUCACACCUUUGCCUCCUACAUACUAAUAGUUGGUUGCCAUUUCCAAUGUACUGAGCUGUGAUACCACUUGUUGGGAGUGUAGCCAAUUUUAGCAAGUGUCUUUUUUCCAAAAUGGUCUUCUUUCACUGGAGCUUAUUUUUGGGAAAAGAUCAUGCAGAAAAAUUUACUGUGCAUUGUGUUUGCUUUUCUGGUUUAUCCAAAAUUUUAAAGCUUAAACUGGGGCUAGAGCUUAAACCAGGGGGUGCUCCCCCUUAAUCAAGGGGGAUGCUUAUUAUUCUCCUGUACUGAUUCUGGUGUAGUUGAAGCUUAAAGAGUGGCAAUAGAAACAGGUUUUCCUUGUAUCCCUACUAUUUAAGAACGUAAGGGGGGGGGGGAGCGCUCAUUCAUGGGUGGGUGCUUAUUCCAGGAGGGUACUUAUUAGAGUGUGGGCACUUAUUCAAGGAAAUGCAAUACUUGAAUAUUUUUGUAAAGAUACUAUCAGUUCUAAGAAGCCAAUAGUUGUGCAAGAACAAAGGAAAACUGUCAGCAUCUAGGCAUAUUUUUUGGCUAAACAAAGGUUAUCAUGGUUAUUACCCCCUAAGGUGAAAUCACAUGACAUUCCUCAGUUUUGGCAGGGGCACAUUGGGCUAUGUGGUUUAUAACAUAAACAUGAAUAUCUAUUGAUUUCAGGUUGCCACUAUUUUCCUGUUCAACCUCCUUGUUGGUGUGGGAAUUCUUGCCCUUCCAUCAGCUAUUGCGAAAGCUGGAAUUUUUGCAGGUGUUCUUUGUCUCAUUACUGUGUCUUUCAUGGCAUUUAUUAGUGUAACCUUCAUGAUUGAAGUACUAGCAACUGCUAAUGCUUGGCGAAGAACAAAAUCAGUUUGUAGAAAAGGCAGUGUGAAAGGAGGCCUGCUUCAAAAUGAAAGUAUGGAAGAAAAAAGUCAAAUCAAGGUCAAGACUGAUGUAAUAUCUCCUCCUUUGUUUGAAAUUGAAGAGAAAUUUGAGAUGGGCUAUUUGUCAGAGAUGUUUCUUGGAAGUGUGGGAUCUACAUUCUUCUAUGCAGUUCUUUGUUUGUAUUUAUAUGGGGUGAGUGCCUUCUUAACUAUUUAUCUUGAUCUAAAACCAAAUUCCCAUAACUAAUUUACAAGGAAAUCUGUAGCAGCUAGAGGGGAGAAUUACCAUCAAUCAGAUCUUGGGAGUUUAAAGGUUCACAAAUGACUACACAGUUUUCACAGUAAUACUCUGAGAAUUCUGAUUUGUAUCUAAUAUUUUUUUUAAACUGAUAUGGAUGAUAGGCCAUUCUUGCAGCCCUAAUGAAUGCAAAGCUUAUCAAACCUUGAUAUUUAUCUGCUCAUGAACAUAAAAUAAUACAGUGUCAAGCAGACAGUUAUAAGGGUUGAACGUAAUUUCAAUAAGGGAAUUUUCUUGAUAUGAAUCAACACCAAAUGGUUCUGUCACCAAUUGGGAGACCUCUAGGAUACUUCCAGUGAAGGUACCAACAACUCGCAGGGGAGGUUUGGAAGGCAUCUGCAUAACUUGACAAUUAAUGUUGCUACAUGUGUUAAACACCACAGUUAAGCAUUUGACUCUCAAUAGUGGUGAGCAUCUAAUAUUUCCUUGUUAUAUCACCCCUGAAUCAAACAGUAAAGUAUGAGAAUAAUAGAAAUGAUCACUCUCAAAGAAGCUGCUAAUUUAUAAACAAAUUCUCCUUGUCAGCACCUUAGGAAAUGUAUAGAACAGUAUGGAGAAUAUUUAAAGUGAUGAUAGGGUGUUAAGGGUUAAAAGAAGCCUUUAUUAAUAAUUGUCAUGAUAAUUGUGCUGAAAUCAAAUUACCUUAAAUUUUGAUUUGAUUAAAUUUCCUUUUUUCAGGAUCUUGCAAUUUAUGCAGUAUCAGUUGCUACAACAUUAGAGCAAGCUGUUGGUGCCAGCCAUCAAAUAUCUUAUUAUUCUUUCCUCUGGGGUUUUAUCAUGUUCAUUGGACCAUUUUGUUUCUUUAAUUUCCAAAAAACUACAUAUCUUCAAUUGUUUACAAUGGUAAUGAGGAACUCUGCUAUGGUGUUAAUGAUUGUGCUGACACUACUGGACAUUGCAAAUGGACACAGAGUACCAACAGACCAGCUGAUAUUAUGGGAUACAGAUAAAGCUAAGGAGGUAUUACAGUUUUUGUACUUAUCUUUGUUUGCUGUGUAUCAUGUGCUGUAUGAAUGAUGAUGGAGUAAGUUGAUAUUUAAUUACUCAGUCUAAUAGUUCCCAAACUUUUAAUUCAUACUCUUUAAGCACUGUCCUUAACAAUUCAUCAUACCCAAGAACAUGAGAUACACACAACACUUCAGCUGGGGUUUGACCUUGGAUAUUUUGAUCCAGAAUCUAGCUUUGUAACCUCUAAACCAUAAUUACUGCUAUGACCCCUUCUGAAGUUAAAGCCCAGUACAUUUGUUAUUUAAAUAUGUACUGAUCUUUUUCUACUAUUAGAGACCACAUCCAUUUAAACCUUUAAUUCCCAAGAUUUGAUUGUUAAUUCUCCCCUCUAGCUGCUUUUAAAUUUCCUUGUAAACUAGUUACAAGAAUUUGGUAUUAGAUCAAGAAAAACAACCUCUACCCAAUAAGUCUAAAAUUCUUAUUACCUUUUUGAUUGAUAAUGUAUGGAUAUGAAAAGGGAGAAGUUACAUUUAAAUUACUCCUGGGAGUCAAAGGGUUAUGUGGCCCUGUGGUGAUUUUGCAAACCUAAAUGUCUCAGGUUUGUAUAAGGUUUUUUAAUUUCUCCCAACUACCCUUGUGGUUAGAUGAGGCUACAUGGAAAAAGCGUAAAUGAUGAUUUGCAGCAAACUGAUUUUAGUGACCUUCCUGAGAGCAAAACUUUUGCUCUGGUGAAGGGCUGACACUUAACAUUUCAGCUAUGAAACUCCUUAUGGUGGCCAAUUUCCAUUAUCAACUCAACUGAUGAAACCAAAUUACCUUGUUAUAUUCCCCCACUGGUGCAGCACCACAGUUUCUAUAGAAACUUAUCCCCUUUACUGAUUUUAAUGACUACUUUCCAGAUCCUCAAGGGUCAGACUGUACAGAAGGGUUUAACUGUGUUUUCCUAUAUUGUAAGAUAUGAGAUUAUUUGAAGUUUAAUAUUUCAUUGCAGCUCUUAGGCAUGGCAGUGUUUGCAUUCAUGUGUCAUCACAGUGUUCCGUCCAUCAUCCUUCCUCUGGCUGACAAAAGAAAAACUCUGCAAGUUGUUUUGGUGGACUAUGUGAUAGUUCUUCUCUACUGUGGCAUCAUUGUUUUCUCUGCAGUCUUAAAUAAACCAGCAUCAGCCAUCCUUCCACUCUAUACAUUAAACUUUAGUGACCACUCUGUUACUGUCUUGGCAAAGUUUCUCAGCCUUUAUCCUGUAUUUACUCUGAGUAGCAACUUUCCUCUGAUUUGCAUAACUUUGAGGAAUAAUUUGAUGGCACUAUUUCCAGUUUCAAAGGUAAUGCACUAAUUAAAUCAAAGCUUCAAAACCUCUUUCUCCCUCUCCAUAUUAACAUGUUAACUGACUUUAGAAGCAAUUGAAACAAAUGGUAUGAUCGAAAUGCUUUUAAGAGUGUUAAAAAUUUUAGAUAUUGGGAGAUAGGUUUGAGGAGGAUUUCCUGUACUUUUUAUUUGUUUUAAUAUCGAUAACUUUAAUGUUAAUGAUUAAAAUCUAACACAUUAUAGGAAUAAUUAACACAUUCUGCUUGAGUAAUUUGAUCUCUCAUUUGUUAUGACAGUGGCAAUAAAUAAUGAUGAGAAUGAUGGUCAUUUAUGGAAGAUAUCCAAUGAAUUUAGCAAAAUUGGCCUGUUUGAAUGACACCUUAUUUUGGAAAACAUACUCUGAAAAUUAAAAAAUCAAGAACGUUUGAAAGUUCAGUCUGGUACACUAACUAGAUAUACAUUUAAAAAUGGAUUAUUUUCUUCUUCCCUGAUAUUUAAUGGUAAUAAAUUGUGCAUCUUUUUUUCAGAGCUUAAUAUUUAGCCAGCAGAUCUUCACACUUGUGGCCCUUAUGCCACCUGUUGUUAUUGCAGUGUUUACACAUGAUGUUGGUCAGCUUGUUGCACUUACAGUAAGUGUCCAUUGCUGGGUCCUUUCAGUUUGGUUGUUUUAGAUUUAUAUUUAGGUUACUGGUAGGUCUUGAGGGGUCUUAUUCCUAGAAACCAUGGUUAGUGAAACAUGGUUAGUGCGCUCGACUCCGGAUCAGGUGGUCCAGGUUCAAGCCCUGGCUGGGGUCAUUGUGUUGUGUUCUUAGGCAAGACACUUUACUCUCACAGUGCUUCUCUUCACCCAGGUGUACAAAUGAGUACCAGCAAAUAUGCUGGGGGUAACCUUGUGAUGGACUAGCAUCCCAUCCAGGGGGGAGUAGCAAUACUCCUAGCCACUUCAUGCUAAGAAAACCAGAGUUAAGCACUGGCCCCAUGGGCCACUUGGGCCCGUAUAAAGGCUUACUUACAGCUUUCAGGGUUCUUUUAGUGUUUGAAUGGUGCUAAAUGUGAAAUUCCUUCAAAGUUGCCCCACCCAUGGAAGUUAACCACUUGCUUGAAGCUUUUUAACCUAUUUUCUCUUCAGGAAGUUUAGCUUGAAAUUUUUUGACCUUCUCAUAAGGAUAAGAGAGCUUAAAUCUGCCAACAAGUUUUGUUAAGUUUUUUUUCUGUUGUAUGAAUCAACUAGGAUAUCAAUUCAAUCUGUUGUGGAAUAUUUUUUUUUGACAUUACAUUUCUCAUUUUUCAGGGCUCCUUUGCAGGGCUAGCUAUCAUGUUUGUGACUCCAGGUCUUCUUGCUUUGUACUCAAGGAACAAGCUGGAUAAAUCUGUUCCCCAUUGGAGGCAAAUGCACUACCACAAGUCUCCAUUUCAAAGUAAUGCGUGGGUCUACCUGACUUUGGCAUUUGCUGCCUUUGUGCUGAUGACAAGAAUAUUUUGAAUACAGCAAGUUCUUAGUUUUAUUAAAAUUGAUGAAACCAUGUAGCAGAAUGAAUUCAUGUAUAGUAUUUCAAGGAAAAUCGUGUGGCAAAAGCAAGCUUUAAAUAUGGAAUAUUUUUCUCUUGCAAAUAGAAGUUGAGAUAUAAUGAUAACCUCUUAACUUAUAUUUGCAACAAAAAAGCGACAGAAAUAACAACAAAAUACAUUAAACCAAACAAGCUUCAAAGAGAGUAUAUUAUAACAGGAAAUAUGAGUUAUUUAAUAGAAGUAUUUAAGACAGAAACUGUCAAUUGCAAUUGUGACAAUUAAAGACAGAAAUUGAAAUUGUAUCCUUUUUGUAUCCCAGACAGUAUGAGAACAAUGACAUCAUGUAAAGAUUUUAAGACAGCCAUAAAGAAAAAGAAAAUGAACUUUUAGUGGUAGUUUUAAUGUAUUUUAAUGAUUUAAUUGAUUUAAAUAUUUUUCUUUCUCAAAGAUAUUAGCUCAACAGAGCUACUCUGAUAAUUUGAGUUGAAAUAAAGUGUAUGUAUGUAUGUAUGUAUGUAAGACUUAUAUUUGAUGUCCACAGUUCGUAAGCUGUUCAAGUUGUGUAUUGCCUGUGACGCUAUGGCACUUUUUAAACGUACCCCACUAAAGUUUCUUUCUGUGUUCCCAGAGAGGCUGAUUCCAAGUUAAACAAUACAACUGGUUCAUAUUUUCAGAUAAUCCUUAUCCUCAUAGGCUUUGCUAUUCUAAGCUCAAAGUUGUGAGAAU